GAGGGCAACUAUCAAGAUGAACUCCAUACCUUCUAUGGACAGACACAUACAACAGACCAACGACAGACUGCUCUGCAUCAAACAGCACUUGCAGAAUCCGGCCAACUUCCAGACGGCAGCCACGGAGCUGCUGGACUGGUGCGGAGAUCCCCGGGCGUUCCAGCGACCGUUUGAGCAAAGCCUGAUGGGAUGUCUAACGGUGGUUAGCCGUGUAGCUGCACAGCAGGGCUUUGACUUGGACCUGGGUUACCGACUCCUGGCCGUUUGCGCAGCUAACAGGGAUAAAUUCACCCCCAAAUCGGCAGCCCUGCUGUCGUCCUGGUGCGAAGAGCUGGGUCGUCUGCUCCUGCUGCGGCACCAGAAGAAUCGACAGAGCGAACCCCAGGGCAAAGUGCCCAUGCAGGCGCCAAUGAACUCCAUGAAGCCCUCGCUGUCCCACGGGGAUGGGUCUUUUCCAUAUGACUCUGUUCCUUGGCAACAGAACACCAAUCAAGCGCCAGGGUCCUUAUCCGUGGUGACCACGGUGUGGGGGGUGACCAACACGACACAAAGUCAGGUUUUGGGCAACCCCAUGGCCAAUACCAACAACCCCAUGAACCCUGGAGGAAACUCUAUGGGGUCUGGCAUGCCCGCCAACAAUCCGGGGAUGAACUCACCUCAGUUCCCUGGCCAACAGCAGCAGUUCUCAGCCAAAGGCGGCUCCAACCAGGCCUACAUGCAGCCAGGGAUGUAUGGGAGACCUGGGCACCCUGGAGGUGGAGGUUUCAGUGGGAGUUACCCAGGAGGCCCAAACGCUCCCGGCGGGAUAGGCAUGCCGCCUCACACUCGACCCCCCUCCGACUUUACGCAGCCGGCCGCCGCAGCCGCCGCGGCCGCGGUCGCCGCCGCCGCUGCCACGGCAACGGCAACCGCCACCGCCACGGUGGCCGCCCUGCAGGAGACCCAGAACAAGGACAUGAACCAGUACGGGCAGAUGUGUUCCUCUUUCCAAAUGGGACCCACACAGGGCUAUAACAACCAGUUCAUCAACCAGGGGGGGCCCCGCGGCCCCCCAUCCAUGGCAGGGGGCAUGAACCCAGCUGGCAUGGGCGCGGGUAUGAACAGCGCCAACAUGAGCGGACCUCCCAUGGGCAUGAGCCAACCCAGAGCCCCGGGCAUGGGUCCCUUUGGCCAGAGGAUGCCCCAGCAAGGUUACCCUGGACCCAGACCCCAGUCCAUGCCCAUGCAGGGUACAAAGAGACCCUACCCUGGAGAGCCAAACUAUGGAGGCCAGCAGUUUGGGCCGAACGGUCAGUUUUCCAAUCAGCAAGGACAGUAUUCCAGCCCUAAUGCCUCCAGAGCCUUACCCUCACCCAACUACCCAGGCCAGCGGAUGCCCGGGCAGCAGGGCUCCGGCCAGUACCCGCCCGGAGGAGUGAACAUGGGCCAGUACUAUAAGCAAGAGCCAUUUAAUGGACAGAAUAAUAAUUUCUCUGGAGGUGGAUAUUCCUAUAAUCAAGGCAAUGGGGUAAGUACUCCUCCUCGGCAGGUUGUGAACUAUCCCCACUCACCCGUCCCUGGGAAUCCCACGCCCCCCAUGACCCCGGGCAGCAGUAUCCCCCCCUACCUGUCGCCCAAUCAGGACGUCAAGCCACCGUUUCCCCCGGACAUGAAACCAAACAUGACCUCGCUGCCACCUCCUCCUGCCAAUCCCAAUGAGGAACUGCGGUUGACUUUCCCGGUCCGGGACGGAGUGGUACUGGAGCCUUUUCGGCUGGAGCACAACCUGGCAGUCAGUAACCACGUCUUCCACCUGCGGCCCUCCGUCCAUCAGACCCUCAUGUGGAGGUCUGACUUGGAGCUGCAGUUUAAGUGUUACCAUCAUGAGGACAGACAGAUGAACACCAACUGGCCGGCGUCAGUCCAGGUCAGCGUCAACGCCACUCCGCUCACCAUCGAGAGAGGGGACAACAAAACAUCCCACAAACCUCUUCACCUAAAGCAUGUCUGUCAGCCAGGGAGAAACACCAUUCAGAUCACCGUCACAGCCUGCUGUUGUUCGCAUUUGUUUGUGCUGCAGCUGGUUCACAGGCCGUCGGUGAGGUCGGUUCUGCAGGGUCUCCUGAAAAAGAGGCUCCUGCCAGCGGAACACUGCAUCACCAAAAUUAAGAGGAAUUUCAGCAGUGUAGCGGCGUCCUCUGGGAACGCCACACUAAACGGAGAAGACGGAGUGGAGCAGACAGCCAUCAAGGUGUCCCUCAAGUGUCCCAUCACCUUCCGUCGGAUCCAGCUCCCCGCCCGAGGUCACGACUGCAAACACGUACAGUGUUUUGACCUGGAGUCCUAUCUACAGCUGAACUGUGAGAGAGGGACGUGGCGCUGUCCUGUGUGCAAUAAAACGGCGUUAUUGGAGGGUCUGGAGGUGGAUCAGUACAUGUGGGGAAUUCUCAAUGCCAUCCAAAAUUCGGAGUUCGAGGAGGUCACCAUCGACCCAACGUGUAGCUGGAGGCCGGUUCCCAUAAAGUCAGACAUGCAUAUAAAGGAGGAUCCAGACGGGCCGCUGGCUAAACGCUUUAAGACCAUGAGUCCGAGUCAGAUGAUCAUGCCCAACGUAAUGGACAUGAUCGCCCAGCUGGGCCCGGGGCCGUCCCCGUACACAUCUCUGCCCCCCCAGCACGGAGGCAGCGCCGGAGAGUAUGGGGGCCAAGGCAACAGUUACCAGGGCCAUGGAAACUUUGACUUCCCUCACGCUAAUCCAGCUGGGGGGGGUCCCAUGAAUGACUUCAUGCACGGGCCCCAGUUGUCCCACCCCCCGGACGGACCCAACAGCCUCAUGACCCCGGACAAGCCGCUCCCUCACGGCAUUCCCGACUCCAUGCCACAUCCUGUUGGCUCUGAUCAGUCCCACGCUUCCAUGCAGCCUGGCAUGCAUGCCCCGCCCCACCCCAACAGCCAAUCAGCACAGUCGUUACAUCACGCCGGCCCCCCAUCCUCUCAGCCCCCACGCCAAGCACCGCCCCCCCAGCAACCCGGCACUAACAGCCACCCUCACGCAGACAUGACCUUUAACCCGGCUGCAGAGGGCCAGGCGGGAGGUCAAGGCCCCGGGGAUAUGCCAGAGCCUUCCCUGGAUCUUCUGCCAGAGCUGGCCAAUCCGGACGAGUUACUGUCCUACCUGGAUCCCCCUGACCUGCCUAGCAACAGCAACGAUGACCUGCUCUCUCUUUUUGAGAACAACUGACUCCCAAUCAGACCGCAACUAAUGUGCAGGGAGCGU